CAAAGCAACAAACCCAAACCACUGGGCAUUGAAUUUUUGAGAUUAUAUCAGGCCUCUCUCUGACAAUGAAUUGUAUUAGAAGGCAGCCCAUCUUUCCAAGAAGAAUUCGGUCCGAUCUCUAUUCCUUUGACAGUGCAGAACAAUCAUGGCCGCCCUCAACUCCCUGCGUUCUCUCAGUUUUAUCAUCGCUUGUGGAGAGAGUUGUGAGGAGGAAUGAUAGAUUGUCUCUGUCAAACAGCCUCACUUUCAGCCCACCUAAGUACGAAGUCUUCAAUGGUGUGGAGGUGCCAGAUAUGAGCAUACAACAUUAUUUGGAGAGGAUUUUCAGAUACAUUCACUGCAGUCCUUCGGUAUUUGUGGUGGCAUAUGCUUACAUCGACCGUCUUAUUCAACUCCAUCCACAAUUCAAGAUUACCUCUCACAAUGUCCAUAGACUUCUCAUCGUCACUCUAAUGGUCGCCUCCAAGUUCAUUGAAGAUAUUAACUACAAGAACUCGUACUAUGCCAGAGUUGGAGGGUUCAGCACAGAUGAACUGAAUAGAUUGGAGAUGGAGCUUCUUUUUCUUCUUGGCUUCAAAUUGCAGGUGACAGUAAAUGUUUUUGAGAGGUAUUGCUGUCAGCUGGAGAGGGAGAUGGCAAUGGGUGGAGGAUUCCAAAUAGAGAGAAGCCUUCGCUUAUCUUAUGCAAAGGAUGAAAGUUCCAGGCCGAACCCUAAAUCCCAAAUGGGUGUCUAUUGCUUAUCGUCCUAUAAUCAUAAAAGAAACAGAUCGAAGAGUUUAAUUGUCGAUGGAAUGUAAUUUAGGUUUUACUUAAAAAAACUGAUCGAAUUGAUUAGAAGAGACAGGUCCAAGCGAUUGUAGAACUUGUGAAUAUGUAAAUACUAAUGAAAAGAAGUCACAUUUCU